AUGACCUGCAGGAGCUUCACCAUGCUGCUGCCCAGCCUUCUGCUCUUCCACCUGUUUCCUUUCUGCACGCACGGCAGCUCAUUGGCAUCCAAUGCCACUCAGUUCAACUCCUCUCACACUGCCUCUAAUGUGCUGGGGUUUAAACCUGCACUUCCUGGUAAAGCUAUGCCCAUUUCCUCGUCCCCAGUCCAUGCCCAUAAACCGCAUGCAGCAAAGGAGCUUGGAAGCAGUGGACUGGAUGAAAACAGGCCUUACAUCUUCAACGCUGAACGCAGUGAGCGCCGAACUGACAUGGCUAUCGGUGGCAUGGGUGCAGGUCUACCCACCAUGUCUCACGGUAAAGCCCAGCUGGACUUUAAAGAAGAAAACACUGAAGACACUGCCCCUCGCUGGCACAGUGAAAUCCUACAGCCUGAUGGAAGUGUCCUAGAACUUGACAGUCGUUCUCCUUCACAUGAACCAUCGUUGUUCCUCAGCGAGCCAGAUGAUUCAAACCCCAUCAUUAAAGUGAGCUUUUCUGAACCUGAUCAGUACCACCCCAUUGAAAUCCCACCUCAGGAGGUUCAGGGUGGAGAUCCCACCUCUUGGACAUCGUCCACGUUUUACGAUUAUCUGUCGCCUGACUACUCCACCACUGACAGCUACGCAGAUGAUGACCGCUUGACACCUGUAGACAUGGAUGAUGAAAAUGUUCAUCUGGUUCAGAAGGCAGGUCCCGCUAACUCGUGGUCUUUGUCCAGUGACGACAGUGCGUCUGGUGGCUACGAUCUGGCAGGAGCUCCAGGAGCUGUGGACAGGGUGGCGAACGGCGGUUGCCUUCUGGGAUUUGUUCGCAGGAAUGGCACCUGCCAAUCAUCUUGUGACGCCUACACCGGUUACUGCUUUAAUGGAGGCCAGUGUUAUGUGGUGGAAGGGAUUGGAGCAUUUUGCAGGUGUAACAUACAGGACUACAUGUGGAACAAAGGCUCCAGAUGUGAGUCUGUCAUUACCGAGUUCCAGGUCAUGUGUAUUGUGGUGAGCAGUGUUUCAGUCACGCUGCUCGUCCUCUUCAUGGUAAUAGUGGUUUUCUCCAAGCAACUUCAUGUACUGAAAAUUGAAAACAGACAACUGCGAAAACGCAGUAAGUCCAGGCCCCAGUCGGAGCAGCACAAUGAUAACUUCUCACUGUCCACCGUUGCUGAAGGCUCACAGGCAAACAAAACCAUGAGCAAAUACACAUGGGAGUGUAAACCCACUGAAGAGUCCUGCAGUGAGAAUGACAGUGCCAAGCCAGAGGAACCAGUCAAAACCCCUGUUAAUGAGGAUGAGUCUCUGACUAUCCAGAACUCGCUGACACCUAAACAUGAAGACAGCACUGGCGUCGGCAAUGCAGAAGACGAUCCAGAAGAGAGUGGCGUGACCAUCGAUUUGGAGCUGCUCCUCCCUAACGAGGCGAAGACACACCCUGAGACAAGCCCACCACUUCACUAUAAUGUUUUCCUCUAUAAGCUCCCUAAAUCCCCCAAAAUAUCCCCAGGACGAUCCAGGCAAGGGAAAGCUCUCCCACAGAUCCGGCCCAGACGAGGCUCUGAGCCCGGUUAUAGCCCGAUGUCCUCCAGGACACCCAACCCUCGUCUGGGAAAAGCCUGCACACCAUAACGCUUUGAAAAUGUUUAACUGUCACCAUGAUGAUGUGUCUGGGAAAGACAAAUUGCCUAAGACAGCUAAAGGACCCACUGUUUCACUGAGAUUUGGCCAGCAGUCUCAAAGUCAGGUACACACGUAGUCAUCACAACUGUACUGUAAACACACAGUGAGCAGGAGUGUAGGAUUUUACCCACAGAUGGAUAGAAACAUGAAUGUCUGCCACGACUCCGAUCUCUUCUGUCACAUCAUACAGCAAACAAAUGUUCCGAAGGAUAACUAAUUAAUUAAUAAAUUAAUAAAUAAGGUGCGCUUUUUUCACAUUUUUAAUCUGAUUAAUACUUUUCAUUU